AUGGCUGCUACCAUGGUGGAACAUGUUGUCGCAGAUGCAGGAGCGUUUUUGAAGAAAGCACCUCUUCAGGUGAGGUUAAAACUUCGUCACAUAACAGUAGCGAUGUUCUUCAGUAGUUACAUCACCCAAGGAUCAUGCAAAUAAUUUUUUUGCACAAACUGCGUGGUUGAUGUCAGGUCUGGCUAUCUAGUUAACGUGGUUCAUCCAGUUUAAAUGGCCACAUGAAUAUCAUGUACCUGCGUAUAUUAUGAUUUUGACAUUGCUAUAUAUCUAUAUAUUUUUUUUUUAUUCUAGGAAAUCGGGAAGAAUAUCUACACCCUGAAGGAUGUAGUCGAGGAAAUUAGAGACAAGCCAACCCGGAGGAGCCUGUCUGUUCUACCAUAUCAACUCAACUUCAGAGAACCAAACCCUGAGUACAUCAGAUUAGGUAGCUAAGGUUUUUAAAAUGACACAUUUGGUCCGUUUUGGUUGUUAAUUUGUUGUUGUACUGGGUAUUUGUUUUGUAGACACUCUGCCUCUCCAACAUCACUUCUUUAGCUGUUGAUGUUGCUAAACAUAUUUCCAGAAUUGUGAUGAUGAUGGUACUGAAUGUUGCGGUCUGUUUUCAGUGACCGAGUUCUCCAAGAAGACCGGAGACUACCCCAGCCUCUCUGCCACAGACCUCAAGGUGUUGGCUCUGACCUACCAGUUGGAGAGGGAACACGUUGGGACUGACCACCUGAAGAAAGAACCUGAGGUCAAGGUAAGACGGGGAUCGAUGAGAUGCGACCCCCAAAUGGCAGCCUAUUCCCUUUGUGCACUAUAAAGGGAAUAGGGUGCCAUUCUCUGGUCUAAAGUAGUGCACUAUAUAGGGAAUAGGGUGCCAUUCUCUGGUCUAAAGUAGCGCACUAUAUAGGGAAUAGGGUGCCAUUCUCUGGUCUAAAGUAGUGCACUAUAUAGGGAAUAGGGUGCCAUUCUCUGGUCUAAAGUAGUGCACUAUAUAGGGAAUAGGGUGCCAUUCUCUGGUCUAAAGUAGUGCACUAUAUAGGGAAUAGGGUGCCAUUCCAUUUGGGACACGGCCAGGUGAAAGGGGCUAGUUAUCGCACAGAACCUGAGUAUGUAAGUGUUCAAUGGAUCCACACCACAGCGUUGACAUGUAGUCUGAUGUCAGGUCCGGGUAUGCAGUACAAGGAGACAUCCAGAGGCUCCUGUUGGCGUGGCAGGGUUCCACUUUCCCUCAAAGGUACGGUCCAAAGAAUGACAUGAAAUCAACUCUAUUGUUAACCACAGUACUGAUCCAUAGUACUGAUCCACAGUACUGAUCCACAGUACUGAUCCACAGUACUGAUCCAUAGUACUGAUCCACAGUACUGAUCCAUAGUACUGAUCCACAGUACUGAUCCAUAGUACUGAUCCAUAGUACUGAUCCACAGUACUGAUCCAUAGUACUGAUCCACAGUACUGAUCCACAGUACUGAUCCAUAGUACUGAUCCAUAUGCAUGUUGAGAUGUUAGACUAAGUAAAUAAAACAACCUAAAAGGCGAACAUCUAGAAUAACCAUGUGAAUGGGAACCAUAUGGGAAGAUCGUAGUACAAAUCAACCACUUCUGUCAUAGUAAGAUUUGUCCCUCAUGGUCCAGAGGCCAGCUGAUGGGUUGUUCAGUGGCAGACCGACGGCACCAGCACAGACGCAGCACAGCUAUAACCCUCCAGAGAUCGGAGAGUACAACAGCUUCCAGUUCUGGAGGAAUCCUCUGCCCUGCUUCGACGUGGACCUGCUGGAACUAUUGGUGAGUAGAACACAUACUUUUAAUUUUUAUUUUAUUUAACCUUUAUUUAACUAGGCAAGUCAGUUAAGAACUAAUUCUUAUUUACAAUGACGGCCUACCAAAAGGCCUCCUGCGGGGACGGGGCUGGGAUUAUAUAUAUAUAUAUAUAUAUAGAACCAAACACACAUCACAACAAGAGACACCACAACACUACAUAAAGAGAGACACUCCAUACUACAUAAGGACCCAAACUAUAAGAACCAACUAAUAAAGAAGCCACAACACUACAUAAGAAGAACCAAAUACAUAGAGAGCCACCACAUAAGGGCCCCCCUACUGAGAGACAAACAUACUAGAACCAAAACACAUCACAACUAAGAGGACACCACAACACUACAUAAAGAGAGACCACAACACUACAUAAAGAGAGACACCACAACACAAAAACUACAUAAAGAGAGACGCCACAACACUACAUAAAGAGAGACACCACAACACUACAUAAAGAGAGCCCACAAACAUAGAGAGACCCACAACACUACAUAAAGAGAAGACGCCACAACACUACAUAAAGAGAGACACCACAACACUACAUAAAGAGAGACACCACAACACUACAUAAAGAGAGACACCACAACACUACAUAAAGAGAGACGCCACAACACUACAUAAAGAGAGACGCCACAACACUACAUAAAGAGAGAGACGCCACAACUACUAAAGAGACCCACAACACUACAUAAAGAGAGACCCACAACACUACAUAAAGAGAGACCCACAACACUACAUAAAGAGACACCACAACACUACAUAAAGAGAGACGCCACAACACUACUAAGAAGACCCACACUACAUAAAGAGAGACGCCACAACACUACAUAAAGAGAGACCCACAACACUACAUAAAGAGAGACGCCACAACACUACAUAAAGAGAGACACCAACAACACACUACAUAAAGAGAGACACCACAACACUACAUAAAGAGAGACGCCACAACACUACAUAAAGAGAGACCACAACUACUAAGAGAGACACACAACACUACAUAAAGAGAGACACACACACAUAAGAAGACCACACACUACAUAAAGAGAGACCUAAGCAACUCAGCAUGACAACAACAUGGUAGCAGCACAACAUGGAGCAGCACAAUCAUGGUACAAACAUUAUUGGGCCAGACAACGCACAAAGGGCAAGAAGGUAGAGACAACAAUACGUCACGCGAAGCAGCCACAACUGUCAGUAAGAGUGUCCAUGAUUGAGUCUUUGAAGGAAGAGAUGGUGACCUCUGACCUGCUGGAGCUAGUGGGGAGUGCAACACGGACUACCUCUGCUCUGACCCUCAGCCACAUAGUAUCCUCUGAGCAACAUGUCAUCAUGGUUCAUGUCCUGCUGCAGUAGUGGUGACCUCUGACCUGCUGGAGCUAGUGGGGAGUGCAACACGGACUACCUCUGCUCUGACCCUUAGCCACAUAGUAUCCUCUAGCAACAUGUCAUCAGGUUCAUUCCUGCUGCAGUAGUGGUGACCUCUGACCUGCUGGAGCUAGUGGGGAGUGCAACACGGACUACCUCUGCUCUGACCCUUAGCCACAUAGUAUCCUCUGAGCAACAUGUCAUCAUGGUUCAUGUCCUACUGCAGUUGUUGUGAUCGAACCAAGUGAUGGAAACAUUCAUACAUUGGACAGAUUGAACAAAAGAGGAUUCACAAGAACCCCCGUCAAAGAGGGAUUCAAAGAACACCCCCCCCCCCUCUCUCCCCCUCCCCCCCCCCCUCUCCCCCCCCCCCCCCUCCCCUCCCCUACCCUCCCCUCCCCUCCCCCUCCCUCUGAAUCAUUGUCGAUGUCAGUGCUGAUGAAUUGAUGUAGUCCUUGUUGUUUAUGUACAGAACAUUGAGGACCUCUCAGUAUCAAACAGCAGUGGAGCAGCAGACACCGUCCACACAGAACCUGGGACUGGGACCGGGUCAGAGGAACACAAACACUCAGAGAGUCAUUCAGAGGAGCACGGCAGUGGGUCGGAGGAGGAAGAGGAAGAUGAGGAGGAGGAGGAGGAGGAAGAUGGCGGUGGUUGGAUCACUCCUAGCAACAUUAAACAGGUCCAGAUGGAGACGGGGAUCUGGGCGUCGCCUGCGGACGUUAAAGUGGGAUGUCUCACCACUGACUUCGCUAUGCAGGUACUGUCUGGGGCCCAAAUGGCACCCUAUCCCCUAUAUAGUGCACUAAUUUUAACCAGGGCCCUUAGGUAGUGCAAAAGUAGUGCACUAUAUAGGGAAUUGGGGUGCCAUGUGGGACGUAACAUGAAGAUUCUGGUUAAAUUAACUCGAAUAGUUCAGCAAACUGUCAUCUUAUCUAUGUAACUCUCCCUGAGUGGUAAUAGUUGAUGCUGUUAUUUAAAGUUGAUUAAAUUCUGUUGAUAAGACCCAUUUAGAUAUACAUUCAGAAUCAUGCAGUUGGUCAACUGUUUGAUUGUUCAACAGAACGUCCUGAUUCAGAUUGGACUCCAUGUCCUCUCUGUGAAUGGGAUGCUCAUCAAGCAGGCCAGGAAUUACAUCCUGCGAUGCCACGCCUGUUUCAAGUGAGUACCUCUUAUCAGUAAAAGGCCCACCAAAAACGACCCAUUGUCACAAGUACAGGUUUUGUAAUUAGACAACUUGAAAUGUUUACUCAACCUUUGUCUCAAGAAGCUUAAUUAAACUGAUAGUAUCACAUGUUAUAUUUGUUUUAGGACCACAACGAACAUGAAUAAGGUUUUCUGUACACACUGUGGCAACAAAACACUGAAGAAGAUCGCAGUGACGGUCAGUGAGGACGGAAGCAUGCAGAUGCAUUUCUCAAAGAACCCCAAAGUGCUUAACCCCAAGGGGAAGAGGGUAAGGGGGUGAAACCCACACUACAACCAAACCUUCAACUGGGGGAGGAAACUCCUCUUACAUCAUGAUUCAGGAUUUCUUCAGAUAAUGACAUUUGUUGUAUCAAAUGUGCAGCUUCUACACAUGUUGCAAACUAGCUUCUACACGUUGUUGUUGACUGGACGUAGUACUAGAGGGAGGAGCUGACUGGAGGGAGGAGCUGACUGGAGGGAGGAGGUAGUAUUAGAGGGAGGAGCUGACUGGAGGGAGGAGCUGACUGACUGUAGUAUUAGAGGGAGGAGCUGACUGGAGGGAGGAGCUGACUGGAGGGAGGAGCUGACUGGAGGGAGGAGCUGACUGGAGGGAGGAGCUGACUGGAGGGAGGAGCUGACUGGAGGGAGGAGCUGACUGGAGGGAGGAGCUGACUGGAGGGAGGAGCUGACUGGAGGUAGUAUUAGAGGGAGGAGCUGACUGGAGGAGAGCUGAUGUGAGAGGAGGAGGAGCUGACUGGAGGGAGGAGCUGACUGGAGGUAGUAUUAGAGGGAGGAGCUGACUGGAGGAGGAGCUGACUGGAGGGAGGAGCUGACUGGAGGGAGUACUAGAGGGAGGAGCUGACUGGAGGGAGUAUUAGAGGGAGGAGCUGACUGGAGGGAGGAGCUGACUGGAGGGAGGAGCUGACUGGAGGGAGUACUAGAGGGAGGAGCUGACUGGAGGGAGGAGCUGACUGGAGGGAGGAGCUGACUGGAGGGAGGAGCUGACUGGAGGGAGGAGCUGACUGGAAGGGAGGGAGGAGUGAGGAGAGGAGGAGCUGACUGGGAGGUGUAUGGAUGAGGAGAGGAUGAAGAGCUGACUGGAGGGAGGAUAGAGGGAGGAGCUGACUGAGGAGGAGCAGAGUAUAGGGGGAGGAGCUGACUGGAGGGAGGAGCUGACUGGGGGAGGAGGAGCUGACUGGGAGGGAGAGGAGCUGACUGGAGGGGAGUGACGGACUGACUGGAGGGAGGAGCUAGGAGUAACUAGAGGGAGGAGCUAAUGUACACUCUGUUCCCCGUAGUACUCCCUGCCCCUGCCACAAGGGGGCAAACACGCCAGCAACCCCCACCUGGUGGAGGACCAGCGUUUCCCCCAGCAGCGUGUGUCCCGUAAGGCUCGCCAGAAGACAGACGUCUUUAACCCGGACUACCUGGCCGGGGGCAGUUCCCCUUUCUCUGAUCACGACAUAUACAGCCGCUCUGCCAACCUGCACAUCACAGACGGAGCAGGCGGAGGGGGUCGGAGACGGGCAAAUCCCAACGCUGCCCGCAAGAAGAAAUGUUGA